GACCUACGCCGGCGCCGCCUCGGUCCUCGCGGUGUCUGCCAGCAAUGGCGAGCGUGGUGUCGCUCGCGGGUUCGCUGGGGCUGCUACUUGUGUCUGCGCUGCCCGAGGUGCUCGGAGACCGCCCCAGCCCCGACCGCCGGGCACAUUCAGGGGACGCCGCCCAGGUCGGCCCUGGGGCCACGGAAACCCGGGGGCGGCCGCCGCCGCCACCGCCCAAGAACCAGCGCGAGCGGGCCUGGGCCGGGGCGCUGCCCUUGGGGGCGCUGCCCUUGGGGGCGCUGUAUACCGCAGCCGCCGUGGCUUUUGUGCUGUACAAGUGUUUACAGCAGGGGAAAGAUGAGGCUACUUUUCUCCAAGAGGAGGCAGGCAAGAAGGAUUCACUGCAGUCAGAGCAACAGCUGGCCCAGCUGACACAACAGCUGGCCCAGACAGAACAACACCUGAACAGUCUGAUGGCCCAGCUGGAGCCCCUUUCUGAGCGUGUGACCACCCUGGCUGGAGCCCAGCAGGAGCUUUUGCACAUGAAGCUACAGGCCAUCCACCAGCUGCUACAAGAGAGCAAACCAAACAAGGGUGUGGAGGUUCCAGAACCAGAGGCCAGCACACUCUAUCCUGAGGACUUAUCUAUAGAGGAGGACGAGGAAGAAGCUGGUGACAGUCAGGCCUGGGAGGAGCCCGUAAACUGGAGCACAGGGACGAGGAACCUAGCUACUCCCGGGGAAAUGGAGCAGGGGCUAAGGAGAAGAUGCCGGAAGGCUGCAGCAAAGGGCCCCAGUCACAGCCCCUACCGGGGAGGAGGGACAACAGCUGACAGUUUAGUAAAACAGAGUCUGUUCUUGUGA